UGACAGCUCGAUGCUCGCUAGCCUUCAUGCCCAAGCAGCAGCAGACCGCUACAGCCACUGAAAGCCCGGAUUAACUCACGAACUUCACGUUUUUCCAAGUGUCUUUAUCACCUCAUCUCAAGCUCUCGAUGUCCAGCAUGUCUGCUCCAAAGAAGGGAGACUUGUCUUCCAGCGAAAAAGAAUUGUUUGAGGUUAUUACUGCAGGAAAUGUCCAAGAGGCUUCUAGGCUGCUGGGCUGUAAGGAUGUUCGAGUUAACUGUCUGGAUGAGUACGGGAUGACCCCUCUCAUGCACGCUGCUUACAAAGGAAAAGCCGACAUGUGCAAGCUGCUGCUGCAACACGGAGCCGACGUGAACUGCAACCAACACGAGCAUGGAUACACAGCGCUGAUGUUUGCCGGCCUGUCAGGUAAGACUGAUAUCACGUGGAUGAUGUUGGACGCCGGCGCUGAAACGGACGUGGUCAACUCUGUCGGAAGGACGGCAGCACAGAUGGCCGCCUUUGUUGGGCAGCACGACUGUGUCACCGUGAUCAACAACUUCUUCUCCCGAGCCCGACUCGAUUACUACACCAGGCCUCAGGGUUUGGAGAAGGAGCCAAAAAUGCCAGCUAAACUGGCCGGUCCUCUACACAAGGUCAUCAUGAGCACCAACCUGAACCCGGUCAAGAUGGUGAUGCUGGUGAAGGAGAACCCGCUGCUGGCGGAGCCCGAGGCUCUGGAGAAAUGCCGCCGGGUGAUGGAGCUCAUCUGUGAGAAGUGCAUCAAGCAGCAGGACAUGAACGAGGUGCUGGCCAUGAAGAUGCAUUACAUCAGCUGCGUGCUGGGAAAGUGUGCGUCCUUCCUCAAAGACCGCGAGGACAAGCUGGACGGCCUCAUCAAGAGUUUACUGAAGGGUCGGGAGAGCGACGGCUUCCCCGUGUAUCAGGAGAAGUUCAUCAGAGAGUGCGUCCGCAAGUUUCCGUACUGCGACGCCACCCUGCUGCAGCAGCUGGUGCGGAGUAUCGCUCCUGUGGAGAUCGGUAACGACCCCACGGCUCUGUCGGUGCUCACACAGGCCAUCACAGGUCAGGUCGGCUUCAUGGACGCAGAGUUUUGUACGUCCUGCGGAGAGAAGGGAGCCGAGAAGAGGUGCUCCAUCUGUAAAAUGGUGAUCUACUGUGGCCAAGCGUGUCAGAAGAUGCACUGGUUCACCCACAAGAAGGUUUGCAAGAUGCUGCAGGAGCAGAGAGAGGCGCAGGAGGCCGAGUCCGCCAAACUGAGGAUGCAGCAGAGCCAGGAGGAGAGUAAAGCGGUGCAGGAGGUCUCAGACUCGAUGGUGGAGCUCUCAGUCGACUCCAACAGCGAGGUCGCUCCCUCAGACUCUGCAGCAGAAACCCUGAAUCCCUCUCCAAUCACAGCCGCUGACAUCUGAGGAUCAUCAGAACCGCCUGCUCCAGAAAAAAAACAUCCCAAAAACUGUCAGUGAGACCGAAAGCCAGACCAGGACUGGUCCACCGGAGACAAAGACAUAAUAUUUAUUACGGACCUGAGACUGUCACACUGGCAGGUUUGUGCCACAGUGAUCAUCUUUCUCUCGUUUUUUUAUAUGUCAAUUUUUUCACAUGUUGCCGUGUGUGAAUGUAAAAAUAGGCGGAUGUGUCGGUGGUAGAGGUCACGUGGAGGAUCUGCUGUGUGUAACGUGAAGAGCUAAUGGUUCACAUCAAUGAUGGGACGUAAUUCUGCCUUAACAAACUGUAGCAACCUUUACAGGGGGGCAGGGGGUGACUGUGCAGCCAAUCAAAAGCGUUGUUUGUCUGCAUUAUAAAUUUUAUUUGGUCUGGAGGCACGGUGGAUGAUUGAGAUUGGAUUGUAAAGGCUGCACAAUAUUGACCAAAAAUGUAUAUUUUUAAAAAUAUAAGCAACAGAAACUGAGGUUAUUUUUAGCGUGUUGUGUAGUCGGAUGUUUAUGCUCAGGAUUCUUCAAACUGUAACAAAAAUCAUGUGUCAAACGUUGUCGUUCAGAGCGAAAUCAGAGCAUCAUGCCACUGAGGAAGAGAGCGAGAAACAUCUGUGUUCACUUUUAUUUUGUAUUUAUUGUGCGGCCUCAGUGGACAGAGGAUCGAGUCGAACACGUCCAGUGAGGCUUCGGUUGUCCAACAUGUCAAACUACUUGAGCUCAAAAACUUUAAAUAAAGACAGAAUCUAUCCAAGA